AGAGAAAAAUAGUCAAAAAAUUACUUAAAAUUAUAUAUUAUAAAUAUUUUAUUCCGAAAUUCCCGAUCAAAUAUUACCGUUACACGCCACCUUCACCCACCACACCGGCGCCGUGGUUUUCCCGUUCUGGUAUUACCUUCGUCGUUCCCAACCAAACUGAGAAAACACACACACACACACACACACGAUUAAUGGAAGAUUCUCAAAUUCGUAGCAGUAUAAAUCGAACGCAAUUCAGAAAUCCAAUUUCCAUGUCAAUAAUACCAUUUCUACUGCGCCACUCAACGUUUUUCCUCUUCCUUUUUCACCACCGCCGCCACCGUCAAUGGCGCCACCAAAUCCUACUCCGCCUUCCUCAGCCUCCGCCGCGAGUAACUCUGACGCUUCAAACACCUCCUCCUCCUCCUCUCCCCUCCCACCGCUUCCACGGUCCUCUAUCGCCGCCGCCGCCGCUUCCUCUUCCAAAACGCUGAAUUGUCUCCGGAUCCUUUGCCCCAGUAGCUGCUGCGGCGCCGCUCAUUCCACUACGGAGGCCGAUGCGGUUGUUCCGCGGUUGCCCCGAGCGAACCCCGAACUCAAACUCGGUCCGGUCAUCGGAAUCCUCAGCCACCCAGGGGACGGGAAUUCCGGCAAAUUCAACAACGCCCCCAGCGCCUCGUACAUCGCCGCCUCUUAUGUGAAGUUUGUUGAGUCCGCCGGUGCUAGGGUUAUUCCCCUCAUCUACAACGAACCGUUGAAGGUUAUUAACGAGAAACUCAAUUUGGUCAAUGGAGUGAUCUUUACUGGAGGGAGCUCCAAAAGAACUUCCUACUUUAAUGUUGUCAAGUCAAUAUUCGAGAAUGUUCGGAGAAUGAACGAUGCUGGGCAUCAUUUCCCUUUGCUUGCAAUCUGUUUAGGCUUUGAACUAUUAACCAUGGUCGUCAGUGAGAAAAAAAACAUCCUGGAGAAAUUCGAUGCACUAAAUCAAGCUACUACAUUGGAUAACAUAGAUGUGAAUGGAAAUUUAUUUCAGAGGUUCCCUGAGGUUUUGCGAAAUAAACUAAGUACAAAAUGCCUGGUUAUGCAAAAUCACAGUUAUGGGAUAUCACCUGCGAAGUUCCGAAGGGACAAACGUCUGGAUAGUUUCUUCAAGAUAUUAGCAACUAGUAGGGAUAAAAAGGGCAAGGACUAUGUUUCGACGGUUCAAGCACGCAAAUAUCCGGUGACUGCUGUUCAGUGGCAUCCAGAGAAAAAUGCUUUUGAGUGGGGCUUAUCAGAGAUUCCACACUCAGAAGAUGCCGUUCAAGUCACUCAACACGUUGCCAACUUUUUUGUGAGGGAGGCUCGGAUAUCCGCCAAGAACAAGCCUAAGCCAUCUUCCCGGAAAGUGCUCGAUAACCUUAUUUAUAAUCAUAGUCCCACAUAUUGCGGGAACGCUGGGAAGGGGUUUGAUGAGGUUUACAUUUUCAGCUGAACUCUCUGCCAAUUUGCAUGAAAUGUAUAUAUAUAAUAUAUAUAUUGACGAAUAAAUAAUAUAAGGUGUAAGUAAAUAAAACGUGUGGGAAAGUUUCAAGUUGGUAUUUAAGAAGAAAUAUGUGCUUUUAGCCUUUAGCACCAUAAAAGAAUGACUAUUAACUAAUUUUUAUUAAACUAUAUAAUAUACGGUAAAUAUUAAGCCUCGAGUAAAGGUCUCAUUUGAUUGGCAUAAUUAGGUUAGCAUAACUAAAUUAGCAUUAUGUCUUAUUUAUAAUUUAUUUAUGGCCAAUUGUAUAGCUGAGUUACGAGAUUCGUGACACAAUUUUAUUUUUAUUUAUGUCUUUAAGUAAUUUUUAUUAAACU